UUUGUUCUUCUUCGUCUUCUCUCCUCCUCUCUAUGUGCCCCUUUGAAUCAACAAAAGAAAACAUAAAUAAAAAGUCUUCAAUUGUUCAAUAGUCUUCUCCUCUGUUUCUUCUAAUUCGUACCCUGAAAAAAAAACUUAAAAAUCUUACCUUUUUUGUUUCUUCGCCGGACAAAUCGUCUGAGUUUCAAAAAAGCUGUUUUGUUUUUGUUUUUCCGGUGGGGUUCUGAACUUUUUUUAGUCUCGGAGAAGUGAUAAAGACUUAACAAUUUACGAUUUGGGGUUUUGUGUUGAAUUUGGAGAUUCUUGGUGGGUGUCUGGUGGUGGAAGAGAAAUGAUAGAUAUCCCUGGAACACCAGGGACUGUGACCGGUCUUGUCUUGAGAAUUUCUCAGUGUGUUUUUGCUGCUGGUUCCAUUUCUUAUAUGGUUACUUCUGGUGGAUUCUUCAGCUUCACUGCUUUCUGCUAUCUAGUAGCAGCAAUGGGUUUGCAAGUGAUAUGGAGUUUUGGUCUUGCAAUACUUGACACAUUCGCUUUAGUGAGAAAGAAAACGCUUCUUAGCCCUGUUUUAGUCAGCCUCUUUGUAGUUGGAGAUUGGGUAACAUCAACAUUGUCACUAGCAGGAGCCUCGUCCUCCGCGGGGAUAACAGUUUUAUACUUUGGCGAUUUAGGAAGCUGCAGUUUUGAAGCAGAGUGUUGGAGGUACCAACUCUCUGUAGCUUUAGCUUUCCUUUGUUGGAUCACCAUAGCCAUUUCUUCACUUACCACUCUCUGGUUACUCGCUUCCGCGUAAGUAAACUCGAAGAAGCCUCUGUACAAUUUACAUAUAUAUACACACUUGGUCACUUAUUAAACAAACUCAUCUGAAGAUUUUUGAUUCUUUAUUUUUGUUAAUAGAAUACGAUUUACACCAUUGUUUGUGUUUAACUCAGUGUAUAAAGAUUGUUUAAUUAAACAGAUGUUUCCUAA